AUGGCAAGUGACAACAUCCAAAUACUUGGCGCCGUGCCGCCACAAUACACGGACGUUUUGAGCGAUGACGCGCUGGAAUUCGUGGCCGAGUUGCAUCGCAACUUCGAGACCACCCGGCGGCGGCUGAUGCAGGCUCGCGUCCGCCGGCAGGCGGAAAUAGACGGCGGCGCGACGCCGGACUUCCUUGCAGAAACCCGGAGCGUCCGCGAAGGGGACUGGCGCGUGCAACCUGCGCCCGCCGACCUCACCAACCGGCGGGUGGAGAUCACCGGCCCAUCCUCCAACCGGCGCAUGGUGAUCAACGCGCUGAACUGCGGGGCGCAGACGAACGUGCGCGACGCCUACCGACGCAUCAUCAGCGACGAAGCGGCAGACGGGAGGCAGUAUCGCCUGAACGAAAACAUCGCCACCCUGUGCGUGCGGCCCCGGGGGCUGCACCUGAUGGAGCGGCACGUGUUGGUGGACGGCGAGCCCGUGGCCGGCAGUUUCUUCGACUUCGGCCUGACGGUCUUUCAUAACCACGUGGCGCAGCAGAGCCACGGAACCGGCCCUUACUAUUACCUGCCCAAGUUGCAGUCGUACCUGGAGGCGCGGCUCUGGAACGACGUUUUCAGAUACGCCGAGGAACGUUUGGGCAUCCCGACCGGAACGAUCAGCCCGACGGUCCUGAUUGAGCACAUCCUGGCGGCGUUCGAGAUGGAGGAGAUCCUGUACGAGUUGCGGGAGCGGCCGGCCGGCCUAAACCUGGGCCGUUGGGACUACAUCUUCAGCGUGAUCAAGGUGUUCAAUGGGCGCAGCGAUAUGGUGUUCCCCGACCGGGCGCAGGUGACGAUGGCGACGCACUUCCUGACGUCGGCGGCGCAUUUGCUGGUCAACACCUGUCACCGCCGGGGCGCGCACGCGUUGGGCGGCAUGUCGGCGUUCAUUCCGCGCCGGGACGAUGCGGCGGCCAACGAAGCAGCCUUCGCCCAGGUGAAAUCGGACAAGCAGCGGGAGGCCGACCAGGGCUUUGACGGGGCUUGGAUCGCCCACCCCGGGUUGGUCGAGCCGGUGCUGGACGUGUUCCAGUCGGCGUUCACGACCGACAACCAACUGUCGGUGAUCCCCGAAGUGCGGAUCGCUCCGGACGACCUGCUGGCGGUCCCGGAAGGGCAGAUAACCGAGGCCGGUCUGCGGAACAACGUCAGCGUGGCGUUGCAGUACAUUGACGCGUGGACUCGCGGUAAUGGCGCGGUUGCCAUCUACGGGUUGAUGGAAGAUGCCGCCACCGCCGAGAUCUCACGGUCCCAGUUGUGGCAGUGGCUGCAGCAUGGCGCCGCCCUGGAUGAUGGCCGGCCCAUCACCACCCAGCUGUAUCGCCAGGUGCGGGCGCAGGAGGCGGCGGCGCUGGUGGAGCAGCGGGGGCAGGACAAUCCCGGCGCGUUGGACAAGGCGGUGGAACUGUUGGACGAAAUCGUGCUCUCCGACCAGUUCGUUGAAUUCCUGACGCUGCCGGGCUACCGGUAUUUGGACUAG